ACAAACAUAUACAACACCGUACGGUACCAAGUUUUCCUGAUAAUCAUUUUCUAAUCACUGGUUAGCCGUCCUAGCUAGUUGAUUCGGAAUCACCAUAUAAUUUACAAACCUUCUUAUUUUAAGACUUUGCUACUUCCCGUUAAUUCUACAAGCAAUCAUGCUGCAAAGGAUUAUCGUAAAAGUGGCCAUGAAAAAGGACAAAGACAGAUCAAAGGCUAUGAAGGUUGUCGCAGGAGUUACAGGCGUGAUCUCAGUAAAGAUAGGAGGAGACGACCAAAACACCCUGACAGUGAUCGGAAGCGAAGUCGAUGCAGUGAGGCUAGCUCGAUCACUGAUGAAGAAAUUCGGCAGCGCCUCCUUGGUGAAGGUGGAGCAAGUCGUUAAAGUGUAUCGAUUUGAUCAAGAACAGUAUGCAGCGUCCAUGAUAUAUGAAGGUCAACGCGCAGACAACUACAACAACAAUUAUGGUCAACCAAGCUUCUACAACACAACUCCACUGCCACAGUACACUCCCCAGUAUCAUUAUCCAUACGAGAAGCCUAAUUAUGAUUCAGGCUGCUCCAUCAUGUGAAUCCUGAGAACCAAAUGCAUAUGUACAUAAUGUAUAAAUUAAAUCCACCUGUUGUUUCGUCAAUUGUGUAGAGAUUUUAGCUAGGGAUAUAUAUAUAGUCAUCUUUAGUAUCUGCGAGACCGUGAAAUAAUGGGACCGUUUGGCUAAUUUCUUUAUCGGAACGAAAAAAUGAAAUUCAUGGAAAAAGGAUUAGCCGGACGGGAAUGUAGUGCCUACCUGCACAUGUUGUGUAUGUUUUCUCCAAUGUAAUUGGUUUUUUAAUAUAGCAUGAUGUAUGGUUAUUUGUGCA